AUGCCGGACGGGGGUGCGAGGCCAAAAAUUACCGAUAUGCCAGUCGUGGUGGAACCGUCCUUUCCCAUGUUCACGCCGCGUCCGUUAAAAGAGAAUUUGAACAAGCAAACAGCGAAUUUAAUCCUCGUGAACACAUCACCCUACAAACUUAUCUUUAAAAUUGUUCCAAAUUCCGCAAAUAUCAACUAUUCCAUUCGUCCGGAAAUCGAUUACUUGGCACCAAAUGGUUGCCGUCUUAUUGGUAUUUCGAUAAGUGAAGCACCAGAACCAAAAAGGGAACACGAUUUCACAUACAAAGUGUUAGCAUUAAACCCUACGGAAUGUUUCGGAAUAUCAGCUGUACAGUUUUGGGAUCAAAACCAAUUAGAGAAUAAUGGUCAUCUACUUCAAGAAGCACAGUUUGUAUGUUUGGAACCAGAAGCUGAAUCAUCGCUUGCUUCCUCGUAUCACAGCAUAUCACGUAGACGAAUUGAUAAUGAACCGAAAAUAUCAUUAUCCAGUAAAUAUCCUAAACGAAUUCGACGACAUACAGUUCUGUUUGAUCAUGCGAAAACUUUAACUGAUCCACAACAUUCACCAAUAUAUUACAAGAAGCAAACAAUAUCAAAAGAUAUUUUUCCUGAAAUUAUUCAAUGUCCUUGUCACUGUGCAAAUUCUAAUCAGUACUUUUGGCAAAAGGCUGCUACAAUGCGUAGCUUUUUUUACGGAUUUGCAUUCGCAUUCAUUUGUUCCGUUUUAUUAUUUAUCCGGAAAAAAUAG